UCAAGUUUCUCUCAUCAAAUAUCGCACGUGACAAAUUCCUACUUUGAGAGUCGAGAGAAGUGAUCCCAAAAAAGAGAAGAACAAAACCAAAUUUUAGCUUCACCUUCGCGUACUCUGAAAUUCAAAUCUCUUCUUAAACCAAACCAAUUCAACUCUGAAAUUCAAAUCUUCUCUUAUGUCAACGGAAGCGCCCAAGCGCGACCACUGGCAAUGGGAGAACGCCAUCGCCGGUGCCGCCGCCGGAUUCGCCACCGUCGCCGUCAUGCAUCCCCUCGACGUUGUCCGAACUAGGUUUCAAGUUAACGAUGGUCGAGUCUCUCAUCUUCCCAGUUACAAGAACACCGCUCACGCAAUUUUCACCAUUACUCGCUCCGAGGGAUUAAGAGGGCUAUAUGCAGGUUUUCUUCCUGGGGUUCUCGGGUCAACUAUAUCCUGGGGUUUAUAUUUCUUUUUCUAUGACAAGGCUAAACAAAGAUAUGCUAGGAGCAGAGAGGAGAAGUUGAGCCCGGGUCUUCAUCUUGCCUCAGCUGCGGAAGCAGGAGCCUUGGUUUGUUUUUGCACAAAUCCUGUUUGGCUAGUGAAGACAAGAUUGCAGCUUCAGACUCCUCUUCAUCAGACACGGCCAUACUCUGGGCUAUAUGAUGCAUUUAGGACCAUAAUGAGGGAAGAAGGAUUUAGUGCACUUUACAGAGGGAUUGUUCCCGGUUUAUUUCUGCAGGUCUCUCAUGGAGCUAUUCAGUUCACUGCCUACGAAGAGCUGCGUAAAACUAUUGUUGAUUUUAAGAGCAAGAGAAGUGAAAUACAAAAUCAAAACCCUGAUCAACUCUUGAAUUCUGUUGAUUAUGCUGUUCUUGGAGCAACAUCAAAAGUUGCUGCAAUACUCCUAACCUAUCCAUUUCAGGUUAUCCGGUCCCGGUUGCAGCAACGACCCGGUGGUGAUGGGAUACCAAGAUAUAUGGACAGCUGGCAUGUUGUGAAAGAAACUGCACGAUUUGAAAGCGUCCGAGGUUUUUACAAGGGAAUCACACCAAACCUCUUGAAAAACGUCCCUGCCUCUUCAAUAACAUUUAUUGUUUAUGAAAAUGCUCUAAAAUUACUAAAACUAGCUAGAAAGAAUGACUGAGUAUUUUCCUUUUACUUUAUGAUGAUGAUGAUUUAUUCUUUCUCUCUUUUAGUUUUUUUGGUGUUAGUCUGCUCUGAUUUCAUAUUUAUGGCAUUGAAUAAUCACUAGUUUUUCUCAUCACUUUUUAACGAUGGGUUGCUACACACUACUAUGUAAUCCAAUAAUGUGAAUACUUAAUUUUAUUAA